AUGACCGAACCAUCCCCAAACCCUGCGCCAGAACACGACAUGGACGCUCCGCUGCUAAACGGCGAAGCCCAAAUGCAGCAGCAACUCGCAGACGUAGAGAUGGCAGAGUCUACAAGCGACCAACCGCCCCAAGCAGAACCCUCACCCCCAUCCCAAGCACCUCCCCAGCCAACAACGACAACAACAACACAAACGCAGCCGCCAACACCCUCGCAAACAACAACAACAACAACAACAACAACGACGCCCUCAGCACCAGCGCCUAGCGCCCCAGCAGCACAUCCCGCCACGGCCCCUGCAUCGUCGCGCAACUCGCCGUACCCAACGGCACAGGCGCCCACGCAGCCGAUUCCGCACGGGAGCCCGACGCGGGUGUAUUUGAAUCAGCAUGUGACGCCGUACUUGCUCGAGGCGAUGAAGCAUCUUGCGACGCAGGAGCCGGAGAAGCCGCUGAAGUGGUUGAGUGAGUUUUUGGCGCAGAAGAGUGCGGAGGUUGAGGGGGCUUGA